UCAUGUCUCCUCCAAACAUUAGCUGCUCUGCUGUCCACUUUAUUUAGGACCUUUUUUACGUGCACUGGGCCUCUCUCUCUCUCUCUCUCUCUCUCUCUCUCUCUCUCUCUCUCUCUCUCUCUCUCUCACAUCCACCAUGGCAAUGUCGUCGUGGUUCUCUCGCCUACGCUGUUCCUCAAAGUGCUUCUUCAACUCCUUGGCUCUACGAACCUCAGUGUCCCGCAAGCUUGUCAGAACUCAGACAACCAUAAACUCUGAGAGCACAAGAAACCCAUUUCUAUUCUGGUCGCGCUCGCUGCUUCCAAUUGCUCUCGCAGUCUCAGCUGGAUCACUUGCCCUCCAUCCCCAGUCAGACCCAUCACUCUGUGAAGCUCCCAGUGUCAAUUCUCGCGCCGAGUUAGUGGUUAAAGGCUCGCACAAGGAAGUCCCACGAGAGCUUAUUGAUGAAUUGAAGGCUAUUUGUCAAGAUAAUAUGACACUGGAUUAUGAGGAGAGGUAUAACCAUGGAAAACCACAAAACAGCUUUCACAAAGCAGUUAAUAUUCCUGAUGUGGUUGUUUUCCCUAGGUCCGAAGAGCAAGUUUCUAAGAUAGUCAAUUCAUGUGACAAGCAUAAGGUACCCAUUGUACCAUAUGGUGGAGCUACAUCACUUGAGGGUCACACCUUGUCUCCCAAUGGAGGGGUUUGCAUAGACAUGUCAUUAAUGAAUCGUGUUAAAGCAUUACAUGUUGAGGACAUGGAUGUGGUUGUUGAGCCUGGGGUUGGAUGGAUGGAGCUUAAUGAAUACCUGGAGCCUUAUGGUCUAUUCUUUCCCCUGGAUCCAGGGCCUGGUGCAACAAUUGGAGGAAUGUGUGCUACACGUUGCUCUGGAUCCCUAGCUGUUAGGUAUGGAACCAUGCGUGAUAAUGUCAUCAGUCUCAAGGUAGUUCUUGCAAAUGGAGAUGUUGUGAAGACUGCAUCUCGUGCUCGAAAGAGUGCUGCAGGGUAUGAUUUAACCCGCCUGGUGAUUGGUAGUGAAGGAACUCUUGGUGUAAUAACAGAAGUCACUUUACGGCUUCAAAAAAUUCCACAAUAUUCAGUGGUUGCUGUGUGUAAUUUUCCUACAGUUAAGGAUGCAGCAGAUGUUGCUAUUGCUACUAUGCUGUCUGGAAUACAGGUGUCAAGGGUUGAACUACUGGAUGAGGUUCAAGUGAGGGCUAUCAACAUUGCUAAUGGGAAGAGUUUGCCUGAAACUCCGACUUUAAUGUUCGAAUUUAUAGGCACAGAGGCAUAUUCCCGUGAACAAACCCUUAUAGUUAAGAAGAUUGCUUCUGAACACAACGGGUCAGACUUUGUUUUUGCGGAAGAUCCUGAAACUAAAAAGGAACUUUGGAAGAUGAGGAAGGAGGCACUUUGGGCAUGCUUUGCAAUGGAGCCUAAUUUCGAGGCAAUGAUUUCGGACGUAUGUGUUCCUCUAUCGUGCCUUGCAGAAUUGAUAUCAAGGUCCAAACAAGAGCUGGAUGCAUCAGAACUGAUUUGCACAGUUAUUGCUCAUGCUGGUGAUGGGAACUUCCACACAGUGAUUCUUUUUGACCCUAACAAUGAAGAACAUCGACAAGAAGCACAGAGACUAAACCAUUUUAUGGUCCAUACUGCCUUGUCAAUGGAAGGAACAUGUACGGGUGAACAUGGCGUUGGUACAGGAAAAAUGAAGUAUCUGGAACAAGAAUUGGGGAUGGAGGCUUUGAAGACAAUGAAAAGAAUAAAAGCAGCAUUAGAUCCGAACAAUACUAUGAAUCCAGGAAAGCUUAUCCCUUCUCAUGUUUGUUUUUAAGUGCUUACUCUCUUUAUGCAUGGAUAUGCAUGUGUGCACCCCUAUGUCUACCAUUACCCGUCCAGUCGCUGUCGGAAUAGAGAAAUGAAGCGGAUAUGGUUUCAUAUAGUUCUCUGAAGUACUUGUAAUCUUAAUUGGUCUCCCAGGCCGCCCUUAUCUCUUAUAAGAGGGAAUACAUAGAAGGGGUUAAGGUGAAAACCUGUCUGCCAGCUAUAGAUUAAAUAUUUUCGUUUGUAACUGGAUCGUAUUAAGCUUCAUUUUAGUUGAAUAUUAUACAUUUCUGUUAGUAUCUUA